AUGCCUGGAAGCCCUAAGAGAAAGAAGUCGAAGCGCAAAGCGUCGGACUCUGAUCCCAAGGCACCGGAAGGGAAAGCAGCUCUGGCAAAGAGAGCGCGUGCUCAGUCUCAGUCGAUUAUCGAUGAAGUCGACGACUCACAACAACUUCGACGAACAGGACGUCAAGGUGCAGGGACAGGAGGUAGGAGCACACAACUGGAGAAAGUGAGCGCUAUUUUGCAUGCUCCAGCGCGGACCAGCAAACCCAAGGGUGCCACCUCCCUUGAUCCGGACGCUCCUGAAAACCCUCUCGCUCCAAAACCACCUCGCAAGGGUGGUGGGAGUCGUCCCAAGAAGAGACAGCAGCCCCCUCCGCCGUAUAGCCCUUCAGAAGAACCGAGCACCACGACUUCCAAAUCACACUCGAAGAAAAACAAGGCUCCUGUCAUUCCUGCCCCAAUGUUCGAGUUAUUGAACUCUCAACCUACUUUUGCACAACGGGAAGCUCAUGGACGAUACAGAUUUUCGCCACCAAUUGUCCCUCCCGGCACGGAACCGGAUCUCCAAGCGCUAAACAAUUCCUUCGUGGCUGCAGCCAAGGGCGCACACACCCUGCCUGAUCCCAAUCAUUCCCAGACUCGUGUCGACACGUCCCAAUGUCACGUUCCGGUUACCAACCCCAACGCCCCCCAAGGCCAUCGCACUGUCACUACUUCUAACGUCGAACAGACCCAUCAGACUCGUGUCGACACGUCCCAACGUCACGUUCCAAUUACCAACCCCAACGCCCCCCAAGGCCAUCGCACCAUCCCUACUUCUAACGUCGAACAGACCCGUGUUGACACGUCCCAACGUCACGUUCCGGUCAUUAACCCCAACGCCCCCCAAGGUCAUCGCACCGUCACUACUUCUAACAUUAAAGACCCAGCACUCUCCAGCACCACUUCAAAUACCGUGCUGCUAUCAGACGCUAACUUUUUCCAGAAUUUAGAUCCUGCCCUCCGGCCGACUGGACCGUCGGGUGCAGAGUCCGAACAAUCCAACACGUCCAAGGAUGAUUCGUCUGGGUCGGAUGAGGGUAGCGGAGACGAGGAAAUGGGUUGGGGAGAAGCCCGUGGGCAUCAUAGUACACACCCUGGUUUCUCGAGGGAAGAGCUACCACCCCAACCUCGGGUGGCAACUGCUCUUCCAACAGACUUUGAAUUCCAGUAUUCUCGCGACGAAAGUGACCAGGUUGCUGAGAAGACUUUGGCGGUCGGUAGUGAUUCGGGCGAUGAUAGUUCAACGAUGGAUCAAGAGGUACAAGCCCGCUUAUUUGUUGGACCCAAUGACGUCUUGAAGCUUCACCAUGAGAGAAACGGCCAUCCCCGACUUCCUGAUCCUGCUCUGCUGGAGCUUCUUCGUGCUGCCGAGAUAGAUACCUCCAAUUCGAAGGUGAAACGGAAACGGAAACGGAAAUCGAAACAGAAACAGAAGGCGGUCGUUGGAUCCGAAUCCGACGAUGAAGGGCCCAAGGCCACCCAACUGGGUUGGUACAGUCCACGCUGGAAGGCCUUUCUCGAGGACGCAAAGAGUCGCUCUCAGGCCUCUCUCGUCCAAUGGCUUAAAAAUGGUCAACAAGUUGAUGCCGGUGUGUGGCCCACUCAUAAGCCUGACAUGGCGAGGCUGCUGUAUGACGACUUAGCAACCUGGCGCUCCGAUCUAAAGAAAAUUGCCAUCUCCAUCACACCUUCCGCAUAUGGCCUUUCCCCGCCAGACGACAUUCCCGUUCAAGUGCGUGCAGCUUGGGUUCAAGCCGCAGCUGUAGAAUUACUCGACGAUGGUAAAUUUAUGCGCCAUGGACUAGACGAGUUCGGGAAGACUAAAAAUUUUGCGCACCCUGCGCUUCUGGAGGCCAUCAUCUUAUUCUUCUACACAGGAUCUUAUCGCAUUGCUCGUAGGCGACCAGCCAUUUUUCGGAAGGAGGUACCAUUAACAUGCUUAGCUCUCGUUUGCACUGCGUUUGAUUGCGUCUUCCAGGGCCUCGAGAAAAAUGGUAACGGCAAGUUUUAUUCAAAGUUCGCUGCCAAGGAGUACGAGUCCGUUUAUCUUUGGUUGCUUGGGCUACUCAAUGAUGUCAUGAGUGAUCCAUAUCACGGUCCGAAGCUGGUGCAGCAGCUUCGUGAAUGGGCCAAGAUUGGAUGGGCGGAGGCAUCCAAACUCGACGGCGUUGACACGUCGAAACAUCGUCACCUGCGCGUCCAGCUUGAUUGA